CUUGUUGCAGCUCUGAGCCUGUAAGAUGGCUGUCUGAAUCGGCAGCGGCUGGAAGAGACAGGAGUUGGGGAGGGAGGGAGAAAGAAUCGGAGGGUUUGCCGGCAUAGUGGAUGUUUCUAAGUGUGCAUCUAAUCCAAUGAAGCCACGGUUAGGAUUUCUCUGGGAUCCCAGGACCAGCUUAGCUGCGUUUUUGCUGAGAUUAGGAGAGGAAAGCGAUGGGAAAUUCAUUGGGCUGUGUUAAGGAGCCGAAAGAGUCAAUAGCUAUUCCUGAGAAGGCUCCUGUAUCUCCUAAGAAAAGGGUUAGAUUCAGAAGGAAGUGGAGGGGGAAGAAAACCCUUACUCCAGAGGUAUCUCGUGAGGAAGAACCCUUGCAAGGAACCGGAGUCAUUGAAGAGACUGAAACCCUAACCAAGUUCACAGUGAGUCUCCGAAAGGAGAAAGGAGUGGGAGGGGUACCGCAUCCCCCUACAGAUAUUUCACUGCCUAGGGACUCGGCCCCCAGCUCAGGGCUGGGAGCUCAGGGAAUGGUUGUGCAGGUAAAGGAGAGGUUCCAGGGGGAGGUCCAGACUGCUCACCUUUUGUUAGAGAAUGAGUCAUCGGUUGCCGGAGGGGUCUGGGAUUCCCUGGAAGAGGGGAUGACUGUGAUCGCUCACCUGCUUGAUAACCCAGCAGAAAGGAACUGUGAGAAGUCAGUGAGCCAACUGGUGGAAUUCCCAAGGGCAGCAUCCUGCAGCAGCAGGGCUGUGCUGCUGCCUCUGCAAGGGGGAACUGCAGCGGGGGACGGAGAUGCUCAGCUUGGCUUUCGGGGCAGCACUUUCCCUCGGACAGACUGCCCUGCCAACACAGGAGGCUGGAGUGUGGGAGCAGAAACCAAGGAAAUUUUAAGUACCUCUCAGACAGGUUCCAGGAUUGCAGAAAACUCUGUUCCUACAUUGUUGCUGGACCAAUUGAGAGGCCAUAGAUGCACAGAACUGGCCUACGUGGGACAAGUGGCCCCCCAGCACCCCAGACUGCCUACUUCUCAGAGCAAUUUAUCCCUUAGUGGCAUGACUGUGAGCAUUUUGCCCUCCUCCUCCGGCUAUGGCAGUGAUGGGCCACACUUACGUGGGAUCCGGCCUAAAGAUACAGAGCCUGAAAAGAGCUCCACAUCCUUCUCAGAAGAGGAUGGCACUCUUUCUUUGGAGGCAAGUCACACCCCAUCAUGGGGUCUGGAGGAGAUCUCUGACAUCUACAUUAGUGGAGAGUCAGGGGACAUGUCAGCCAAGGAAAAGCUGCUCCUGUGGACCCAGAAGGUGACAGCUUGUUACACAGGAAUCAAAUGCACCAACUUUUCCUCCUGCUGGAGUGAUGGGAAGAUGUUCAAUGCACUCAUUCACCGAUACAGGCCUGACCUGGUAGAUAUGGAGAGGGUCCAAAUCCAAAGUAACCGAGAGAAUCUGGAGCAGGCUUUCGAAGUGGCAGAAAGACUGGGAGUCACCCGGUUACUGGAUGCAGAAGAUGUGGAUGUGCCAUCUCCAGAUGAAAAGUCUGUAAUCACUUACGUGUCUUCAAUUUACGAUGCCUUCCCUAAAGUCCCUGAGGGUGGAGAAGGGAUCAGUGCUACGGAAGUAGACUCCAGGUGGCAAGAAUACCAAAGCCGAGUGGACUCCCUCAUUCCCUGGAUCAAACAACAUACAAUAUUGAUGUCAGAUAAAUCUUUUCCCCAGAACCCUGUUGAACUAAAGGCACUUUAUAACCAAUAUGUACACUUCAAAGAAACAGAAAUUCUGGCCAAGGAGAGGGAAAAAGGAAGAAUUGAGGAAUUAUAUAAAUUAUUAGAGGUGUGGAUUGAAUUUGGCCGAAUUAAACUGCCUCAAGGUUAUCACCCUAAUGAUGUGGAAGAAGAGUGGGGAAAGCUCAUCAUCGAGAUGCUGGAGCGAGAGAAGUCCCUUCGACCAGCUGUAGAGAGGCUGGAAUUGCUGCUACAGAUUGCAAACAAAAUCCAGAAUGGUGCUUUGAACUGUGAAGAAAAACUGACACUAGCUAAGAAUACACUGCAGGCUGAUGCUGCUCACUUGGAGUCAGGACAACCAGUACAGUGCGAGUCUGAUGUCAUCAUGUUCAUUCAGGAAUGUGAAGGUCUUAUCAGACAGCUGCAAGUGGAUCUGCAGAUCCUACGGGAUGAGAAUUAUUACCAGCUGGAAGAGCUGGCAUUUAGGGUCAUGCGUCUACAGGAUGAGCUGGUCACCUUGCGUUUAGAGUGCACAAACAUGUAUCAGAAGGGCCAUUUCACAUCACUUGAAUUGGUUCCACCCUCUGCUUUAACCACUACUCAUCUGAAGGCAGAACCUUUGACCAAGGGAACCCAUUCUUCCUCUACCUCCUGGUUCCGAAAGCCCAUGACUCGGGCUGAACUUGUGUCUAUCUCCUCCUCUGAAGAUGAAGGCAGUCUCCGAUUUGUGUAUGAACUACUGUCUUGGGUAGAAGAAAUGCAGAUGAAACUGGAGCGAGCAGAGUGGGGCAAUGACCUACCCAGUGUGGAGUUUCAGCUGGAAACACAGCAGCAAAUCCAUGCCAGUGUGGAAGGACUGGGUUCAAGUGUCAAAGAGGCCAGGUUGUAUGAGGGAAAAAUGUCCCAAAAUUUCCAUACCAGUUAUGUUGAAACUCUUGGGAAAUUGGAGACACAGUAUUGUAAAUUGAAGGUGAGUUUUGAUGAAUUCUUUUAUGUUCUGUUUAUGGAGAAUCUGGUUCCCUCCAAAAGAACUCUCUUCCCUAAUUCAGAAAGCUCACAGUUUGGCCCUGCUUUGGCUUCUGUUUAUUAG